AUGGGGAGGACUGGCCCAGCUCCAUCUGCGUGGUCGUUCCUGUUCUUCUUCGCCUUCAGCUUCUGUUGCCGGUGGUUUCAUCGGGGCCUGGCGGGGGCGGCGAUCCCGGCCAGGUACGACGGGUUCGUUUACCCAGUGGGAGCUCCGGUGGGCGAGGACUCCAUCUUGGUGGAGGCCUUCUUCGAUCCAAUAUGCCCUGACAGUCGCGACGCCUGGCCCCCUCUCAAGAGGAUCACCCUCGAAUACGCACCGCGAAUCUUCUUGGAAGUGCACCCCUUCCCCCUCCCGUGAGUCAACCCCCCCCCCUUCCCGCUCUGGUCUCGUCUAUUCUUCCGGAAGGUGGGUAAUCGCCUAUCAUCGGCGGUGGAAAACAGAAGAUGAGUUUUGGGUUCAAUUCUAUCGGAUUGAGUUGUACUCUAAAGAUGGGAUCUGAAAAUCUUUAUGUUUUGCUAAUUUUGGCCUCUUAUUAUUUAUGUAACAAUUUGGGAAACCAUUAUCUUUCUCUUGGAGCAGUAGGCGCACGUCUGAGCUCCUUCGGACCUUCCCAGUCUGCAUAUUAUCCCUUAUUACUCUGUUCCUUCGAAGAAAUAAUUCCUGUGACAUAUAGGUUUCUUUCGUGAGAAAAUUUUCAAUUCGUCUGGAAUUAUCAAAGGACUUCAGCUUCUAGACUACCUCCUCCAUUCAGGACAUCCAGAUAAUUAUUCUGCAUCAUCCCUUUAAUUGUGUGGAUAAAAGCUGCGCUCUCGUGAUUAACCAUAUAUUUUUUGCUACAAAAGAUAAGAUUCCUGGGUUUAAACUUAGAUUUAUUUUUUUUACUAAUGAUAGGAGCACAUCUUAUCUUCUUCUCUGUCACUGAUAUCAAUCAUGAGCUCUGUUUCAAUCUGGAAAUUUUUCACAAGCAAGAAAAUUUUCCAACCAGCUCAUUUUAGUUAAAUCCUUUCCCCUGCGAAAACCUCCGUGUUCUUAUUACUUUUCAAAGUUUCCAACAAUUAAUUAGGUGGCAUUAGGAUCUAGAAAGGUAUUUUCACAUUUGCUUCUUUAUCUAUACAUCCAUAUAUGUAUGUAGUAUAAUGAUCUGUGCUCAUGUCUUGCUGUUUCAUAUUCAUAUUCAUCAAAGUUUUUUAUAUGUCUUUUAUUUUAGCUAAUAAUCAUUUUUCUGGAUAUGCAGAUACCAUGAUAAUUCCUUUUUUUCGUGCCGAGCUCUACAUAUUUCAAAUAAACUGAACAGAUCUACAACUUACCCCCUGCUGGAGUUGUUCUUUGAGCACCAGGUAAGAAGGUACCAUCUUUGCCGGAACCCUUUUCAUAGUAUUUGAAACUAUCCUCUAUCCUCUCAUCGAAAAUUCUUCAUUUAAUGUUUAAUUUAGAACUAUCGUGAUGCUUCAUCCACCUGUAAAUUUUGGAUAUUCUACCAACUGCUGGUUUUUUCUAAAUAAUUUUAUCAGGCUAAAAGUAAGCUUGAAUGUAUUUUUAGCCUUCACUGGUGAAGGAUAAUUGUGCAUCUGUGAAGUAAAUUUAAGAUUACAAGUUGAACUUUGUGCUCUUAUUCUAUAAUCCCUGAUUAUAUUUAUCGAUUAUGCCAAUUUUUUUCUGAAUAUCUAUGAAGUUAAUAUUCUCAUGAUCCGAGGCUAGAUUCUCAAUCCAUUGGGAUUGUAUAAGAGCAACCAUGGAAGAAACAGUAGAAACCUACCAUAUUAUCAAUGUAUCAACGUAUGAUGAGCUCAAAAGCCCAUCAGAAAGAACACCAAAUGCAAAACCACUGAAAAAGAACUUCCAUUCCUUCAAAAUGACCCGGCCUACCUUGUCUCCUCUACCAUUACCUCAAGCCUCAAGAUUAAGUUUGGAAAAAAAAAUUGCCGUGCUUAGUUCCUUAGAGAACCUGUUUUCUCUCUCUCUCUCUCUCUCUCUCUCUCUCUCUCUCUCUCUCUCUCUCUCGCUCUCUCUCUCGCUCUCUAUCUAUCUAUCUGAGAUAGGUGUGCAUGCACAGGAUUUGGCCCAUGUGGGUCGGCCCCAAUACAUCUCCUCCUCUCCCUAAUAAUACUCUUUAAGCACAUUACCUCCUUCUUCCUUGCUACGUUCAGCGUGCCCUCUUCUUAAUUCAUGUGGCAUGAGCAGGAAAAACUGUACAACCAGCCCACCAGGAACAUUUCCAGGGAGUCGGUCAUUCGACGGAUGGUAAAACUCGCCACCAAGGCCACCGGGGACUCCUCACAGUCGGCACUAGAACGUGGCUUCGAGGACUUGGAGACCGAUUUGGCAGCAAGGACAUCCUUCAAGGUGGGCACAAUCGAUCCAAUUGCCAAGGCCCUGUUUUAGUUUAGACAUUAUCUCAUAUCUCUUUGCAUGAUCUCGUCUCUCCUUGCAGUAUGGCUGCUCAAGGGGGGUGAUCGGGACCCCUUUCUUCAUAGUGAAUGGCUUCCCGCUGCCGGGGGCUGGCUCAGCUCUGGACUACGACCAGUGGCGGAGCAUCAUCGACCCCCUGGUGUCCAAUUCUUCUUCGGAGGACGAGGGCACCACCACCCUUUGA